CAGGGGUGCGCGGCGACCUCAUACCCCCCUUGCUUCCGCCCGUGGUUGGCUGCCACGGGCCGCGCCAGCCUCGCCGUGCCCGGUGCCCCGCGGUACCCGCCCCAGUGGAGCGGGCCCGGUGCGGGCCCGGUGCGCGGUGCCGCCGCUGCACACUUCCUGCGGUGUGUGUGACCGGGAGCCGGUUUCCGGCAGCUGACAGGAGCCGGGGCCCGCCGCUGCCUCCUCCGGCGCGGAGUACCACCGUGCAGCGCAGCGCAGCGCAGGGCACACACGCACGACGGGAGGAGGAGGAGGAGGAGGAGGAAGAAGAGGGCGGGGGGACCCGAGCAGCGCCCCCCCCCCCCCCCCCCCCAAGUCCCCCGAGCUGUAAUAUCACAGUAAUCCCCCCAUGCGAUACAGACGAUAUCGCACAGUCACCGACAGGCACCUGCAGGCAAGCAGCAAGCAUGAGCUUGGCAACACAGCACUGUGAGUGGCAGGACCCUGUGGUCUGAACCGUGUCUUCAGCUGACUAUCCAAGUGGCGAGGCGCCGUUGAUCCUGUACCAUGGAGGACUGCCUUCACACCUCCUCUGAAAACCUCUCCAAGCUGGUGAGCUGGGCCCACAGCCAUGGGACCAUCUGCAGCCUCAUCCCCAACCUCAAGCACCUCCUCUCCGAGGGGUCCCAUGGCAAUCUGACUGCCAUGUGGGGCUGUAGUGCCGGCCAUGCCUACCACUGGCCCCUGGCUGCCACAUGCCGGGCUGGUUCCCAGGAGCGCGUCUGUUACCAGGACAGCCGCAGCUUCAACUCAGACAGCCCCAGCAUGCUAGGGGUGCCCUCAGAGGUGCAGGCCAGCCCUCUGGAGCGCUACCCAGGGCGGUCGGGCAAGGCCAAGCUGGAUUGCACCCGCACCCGUGACUCCUGCGACUUCUCCUACUGCAGCGAGCCGUCGGAGCUGGGUGAGCCCGUGGAGGAGUAUGAGGAUGAGGCCACCCUCUUCGACAUGGUCUGUGAGUCCUCCGUCACCGAUGAGGACAGUGACUUUGAGCCGCACACCCAGCGGGCCCCCGCCGGCCCCCGCAAGCGGCCAGCUUCCAGCCAGCCCACCACUGCCCAGGCCCAGCCUGCUGACGAGGGCAGUGGCGAGGUGCUCCUCAAGAAGAUCAAGCAGGAGCUCCCCGAGGACUACUACAUAGUGGCCAAUGCUGAGCUGACUGCCGGUGCCGACGGGCCAGCCCUGGCCCUUACACAGAUGUCCAAGCCCAAGCCUCAGACCCAGGCCGGGCCCUCCUGCCUGGGCCCUGCGAGGGCCCUGCCCCAGCCCGCGGUGGGCCCCGACCCUGAUCCACAGCACCCCUCCACCUCCCCACCCGGCCCACCGAGGCUGGUCGCACAGAGGCCGCUCCGGGGCCCCCUGGCCUCCCCAGCACGGGGGGCAGGCAGUGGCCCCGUGGCUGCCCUGCAGGCGCCAGCCACCAGCUCCAACGCCGCCACCGCCGCCUCUGGGAAGCCCAUCAGCAUCCCGCUGUCAGCCCUGCAGCUGCCUGGUCAGGAGGAGCUGCCGGCCGCUGAGGACGCCCUCCCGCCCGCCCCGCAGGCGGCCCCAGGCGGCGAGAUGGCCAGCUCGCCGUCGGUGGGUGCCGAGCCUGAGGUCAGCUCCAGCCAGCAGCAGCCCCCCACCAUCCCCACCACCACUCCUGAGGCAGCGGUGCAGUCAAUGCCAGACCAGGAUGAGAGGGCGGCUGAGCUCAGCAGGGAGCAGAAUGAGAAGACUAUUCGCAGCACACAGACGGCUCUCCGCAAUUUCCGAGAGUUUCUUAUCUCCAAGUACCCCUCUGAGACACGGGAGAUCUACGUCAUUCCCUGCAAAGAGCUUGAUGCCUACCUUGCUUCCUUCUUUGUGGACGCCAGACAAAAGGAUGGUUCUGAAUAUGAGCCAAACAGCCUGGCCAACUACCAGUGUGGACUGGAGCGGUACCUCAAAGAGCACAGGUAUGGAUACAGUAUUACAAGGGAUAAAGAGUUCAAGAGGUCCCAGGAAGCUCUAAAGCAAAAGCAGAUAGAGUUGAGAUGUAAGGGGAAAGGAAACAAGCCACACAAAUCCAUGAAGCUCACCUUUGCUGAUGAGCUUAUCCUGCGCAAAAGAGGCUUAUUGAGCCGAUACAAUCCAGAAGGGCUGCUGAACCUUGUCUGGCUAAACAACACUAAGGCGUUUGGACACUGCACAGGUUUCCAUGGGUCUACCCUGAAGUGGGGAGACAUCCGGCUGCGGGUGACAGAGACUGGGUUGGAAUACCUGGAGUGGAUGGGGCCAGACAAUGGAGAUGUCAAUGCCAAGAGCAAGAGGAGUGGGACGGACUCCCGGGUGUACGCCACCCAGCACUCCCCACAGACCUGCCCUGUGCAAGACUACAAGGAGUACGCCCAGAGGCGGCCUCCAGCCAUGCGCUAUGAGGACGCGCCAUUUUACCUGUCCAUCAAACCCGUCGUCAACUUGGCUGCGCUUCACUGGUACAACUGCCAAGCCCUGGGGAAAAACAAGCUUGCCAAGAUGGUAAAGACAAUGUGUGAGAAAGGCAACAUCCCUGGCCGGAAGACCAACUUCAGCGUCUACCAGAGCUGUAGCACCCUCUCAGAAGCACAGAGCAACCAGCUGGUGCUGAUCUGCAAUAACCUGAGCCAGCAGGCUGCCCAGUCCAUGGCAAGCCACUCCAAUACUGGCAACUUCAUAGUGUCAGCAUCCUAUGACUCCUCCUCUGACACAGCUUGAAAGAGGGACAUCACCCUAACACUUCUUUCUUUUCUUUUUUGUUUCAAGCAUUGCGUUUGUGCCCAAUAAUACACAUCAACUGUGAUUGUACACUAUUCCCUCAUAGCCCUCUCUCCAGUGUUAAUUCACUUUAUAAAAAUAUAUAAAUAUAAUAUAUUUUUCUUUUUACAAAUAAGCCAAUAGAAAUAGUUUAGUAUUACUAACAUAGUAUUUAUAGUGUUAAUACAAAAAUGAAAGGUACUUAUGGGUUAUAAUAUAAAUACAGAUUUUAAAAGGACAAAAUGGUUCUCAGGCAACAUAAGAUAGACUGAAAAUGCCAUUUUUAACAUGCACACAUCAGUGACUGUAAAACCCCAGAGAGGCUUACAUAGCAAUUCUAUUUUAAAGCAUUUUUUGAACUUCUUAUUUUAACAUGACCUCCCAGAGUGGAGGAGACAAACUUACCACUGGCUGCUGCUUCUUACCUGCUGGCUUAUUCUUGAUCAGCAAGACCAAGAAAUAAGAGAUACAUCCAUGUAAGUCCAUGAAACCAUUUACAUUUUUGUCUGGUUUUUGUUUUCUUUCCUGAGGCUUAUUUAUGCUAGAUGGGAAAAAAAGCCUGAAGUCAGCUAAAGGCUAUUUUUAACUUUUGUUUUUGUUGAUGAUUUUCUGUGAUCAAAACGUUGCUGGUCUUUAGACUAGAAAGUAUUGUUUUCAAUGAUAUGCAGGAGUAUAAUGGCAAAACCAUUGUCAUACACAUAAUUUUAACUGUUUGAGCAUGGGUUGUUAGUACUUUGUCACUGUGUGUAUACAUAAUGUAAAAUUUAAUGACUUAUAGCAGCACUCUUUUAUAUUCUAGGGAAUGCAACAGUGCAGAAAAAUCCACAAUCUUAUACCAAACUAUACAGAAAAAAAAGCAUUAAAUACUUCUUAAGCCAGCAUCUGAAGCCUACAAAAAUAGCAUAGAAAGUGUAAUGAUAAUUUCAUAUUUACCACUGAAAAUGAAAAAUCUGGAUAGUUUAUGUGCUGGAAAACAAUUUUAAGUCAGCUACACAUAAUCUCUUUCCAUUGUAGACCGUGGAAAAUGCGCAUGUGAAUCUGAAGGCAGAAUUUGGUCCCUAAAGGUUUGAAAUAGUGAGUGCUACUGUUCCAGCAUUUGACUUUGCAAUGUAUUUGUAUUCUCCAAGUAUGGAGAAAAUGCUAAAAAUUCAGUAUUUCAGUGAACAAUUGUAAUUUUUGACCUUUAAGAUUAUGUAUGGUACUUCUCAAGUAAUUCAGCUUAGUUUAUAUUCCACUAGGAUAUCCUAGAGCCCUGACGAGGCUUUAGACAAAUCAGCUGGAGUGAUCUAAUGACCACUGAAGUCAGUGAAAGACUCAGCUUUCCAUAGGUGUUAGAUCUAAAGGUUACCAAGGUUUUUUUUUUAUUUCUUUACCUGCUGUGUUUCUUUAUGCUUGUUUGUCUUUAUUCCUUUACAUUCCUGCUUGUCUUUCAUAUUCUUUAGAUCUUCAACUGUGCAGUGACUUGAAUCAUCACUAUUUCCAAAGAAAAGGUGAAACAAAGGUAGCAGACAAUGAAAAAUAACUCUCCUGGUACCAUUUAAGACCUGUUUUCUGUGUUGUUAGGAUGAAAUAUUCCUGUGUGCAAGGGAGGUGACCGGCACCUCAUUUAAGCCUUACUGAAGGUCUGUUUUUUGGGAUGGGGUAGGUAGCAGAUCUGUCACUGGAAGGUCUUAAGAGCAGAGAUUUCCACUAUAAUAAACAUCUGUCUUCCCUGCAGCUUCCUUCAUAUGACAAAGCCUGGCUGAGAUCUAUGUGUUCCACACAUAGUAAAGCUAGUACAAAGUCUGGGUUUCCUGUGUGCUGGCUGUCCCAGUACCUUGUGUGACACAGUAGUGUAAACACCAAAUCUACAGCCUCUGAGUUACUGGCCACUGUAUCUCAGGGCUAGGCAGUGGGUAGGUGGGCACAGGCAGUCAUUCAUAGUGCAGAGUGAUGCUUUUGUGACUUUGUUUUGGGCUUGAGACCAAAUCAUGACACUGCUGAAGUGAGUGGAAGAUGUGUCCUUGGUUUUCAGGGCCAUGGCAAAUCUGACAUGUAGGUGAAGGAGAAGGAAGCACAAAAAGACUUCAGAUGCACUCAGCAAGACGGCUGCUCAGCUUCCAGGUGAGGCCAUCCAUCUCAUUGCUGUUUAUAAGGCACUGCCUUUUCAUGGCAGAUAUAGUUUUAAUGCAGUACAGUUAAAAAUAGUUUUGCAAGGCUGGUGCUGAUCUUUGUGGGCUUUCUUUGCUGUUUCCCAUGGAGGACUCACACAGCUGCUCUUGGUAUGUGCUGGAGUGCAGAGGAUCCCAUGCCAAGGAGCUCCCCAGAGGUGCCAGGUGAAGCAGCUCCAUCUCAACCAUGGAGCCAGCCUCUAGAAAAAUAUCUGGUCUCUGUUCCCCCCCUGUUGGUACUUCGCAGUGGCAGCUAUUGCACGACCCGACCUACUUUCCUACCUUGCCUUUCCUGUGUGCAACAUGAUGCUGGACAUCAGCUGGCCUUUGUCAAGCAGCAGAUGUCUGCUUUCCACCUCUCCACCCUGCCCAGCCGUCCCUCUUUGCUGGGAAAAGCUGCCUUGAGCUUGUAGGGAAAAGUAGCCAUGGCAAGGCAUGGCUGUCUUGUAUCUCUUUGCAAGCCCCACAAGACUGGAAACUAGACCUUAUAACCAGAUAGUUUCUCACGCUAUUACCAGGUUCAGAGCCUGUCCAUGGUUCACAUCUUCUGCAGGUAUGCCAUAGGUGUGUUGCUUCAGAGUGGGCUAUUGUGUGAGGGGUAGUUAGUGUGGUAAUUCCUCAAUUCGUCUUGUCUCUGAAGAGGUGUAUCACUCACUGCAGGUGUGCCAUGCUGCAAGCAGGUCUGUGAAGUGCUGCUUCACAUUAUUGCUGUAAUUCAGCCCCAACAUAGACGUUGGCUCCAUUGGUAGGAGCCAAAAAUGCUCACAGUGACCCAGAAGAAGGGAAGACAAGCACUCCUGGGUUUUGAGCUGGGAGGUCAAAAGCAUUUCCCAUGACUUUGUGACUCCACAUACUGUCUUGAGUUGUUGUUUACCACAGUUUUAGGAUGGUACACGCUAACGUACUGCCCACACCGUAGGUGAGGCAUUUCUGUGAUAGC